UUGUGUGUAAUGCACUGUUCUGUCGAGAGUCGUGGGCGUCGUACCGCGCAGCCGACACUGAAGGUCACCCACGUGACGGGGAGUCUGUUUGAUACCAACCCCUAGUCUGCACGCUGCCUCUGUCGACACCACUCGCGUCUUACAACACUUUGCAAAAAUACUGAGCCUAUAUACAAAAAUAUAUCCUCAAACAGUCUUAGCCUAGUGCUGUAUUUUUCAAUCUUUGAGUGGCUGAAUAAUAUAAUUCUAGCAAUAUGGCUGCCGUGACAGAGAAGUUGUAUCCCAACUGUGAUGCCAGCGUUUGGUUGAGGUCCUGCGAGGAGGAGGUUUCUGAGCCCUUGGAGGGGACCACUACAGGUGAACUGCCGCCAUGGCUUCGCGGCACGUUGCUACGCAACGGACCGGGCUCUCUGAAAGUCGGGGACAUGCGAUUCGAUCAUCUCUUUGAUAGUUCCGCACUACUGCACAGGUUUGCCAUAGACGAGGGUCAUGUAACGUACCAGUGCCGGUUUCUGCGCACCAACACGCUGAGGAAGAACCGCGCAGCCAAUCGCAUCAUCGUGUCUGAGUUCGGGACCAAGGCUGCGCCUGACCCUUGUCAUACGAUAUUCGACAGGGUAGCAGCUUUCUUCAACCCCGGAGAGCACAUGUCUGACAACGCUAUGAUAUCCUUGUACCCGUUCGGAGAUGAAAUAUACGCGUUUACAGAAGGACCCAUCAUUCACAGGGUGGACACGGUGACCCUGGAUACCUUAGAGAGGAGGAACAUGACGGAUUGUGUCGCGCUCGUCAACCAUACUUCUCAUCCACAUGUUAUGCCUAAUGGGGAUGUCUACAACGUUGGAAUGUCUGUAGUCAAGGGAAGAAUAAAACACGUCGUUGUCAGAUUCCCUUUCACGGAAAAAGGAGACAUGUUUAAAAGUGCUCGUAUCGUGGCUUCAGUCAAGCCCAGGUGGACACUCAACCCUUCCUACAUGCACACAUUUGGUAUAACAGAGAAUUACUUCGUGAUAGUAGAACAAGCGCUGUCGGUAUCGGUAGCAGCUCUGAUGAAAGGACUCAUUAACAACGAGAAGGUCUGCUCCUCACUCAAGUGGAACCCUGACUAUGAGACACACAUAGUCCUACUAAGUCGGACAACAGGCUUGGAAGUGAAGCGGUUCCGCACCGACACGCUGUUCUACUUACACAUCAUCAACGCGUUCGAGACGGACGGACGACUCGUUGUCGACCUCUGCGCGUAUAAAGACGCUCAAGUUAUUGACGCUAUGUAUGUGCAGGCUAUUGAGACCAUGCAAAGUAAUGCGGACUACGCGGAAUGGUUCCGCGCGCGGCCGCAGCGCCUCGAGGUGUCGCUCGACGCGCCCAACCUCACACAUGUGCCGCAGAAACUUAUAGCUGACAUCGGCUGCGAGACUCCUAGGAUACACUACGAUCUUCAUAAUGCAAAACCUUACAGAUACUUCUACGCAAUCAGUUCAGAUGUUGAUGCUGAAAACCCUGGAAUGUUAAUAAAAGUGGACACGAAGACUGGAGAGACUAAGACGUGGUGCACACCCAACGGUUACCCGAGUGAACCGAUAUUUGUGCCCGCGCCUAAUGCUAAGGACGAAGACGACGGCGUCCUCCUAAGCGCACUAGUCUGGGGAGGAGAGAAGACCCAGUCCGUAGCUCUUUUGGUCCUCGACGCUAAGACCAUGAAGGAACUAGCGAGGACCACCUUCGACACUCCCUCACCAGCUCCCAAGUGCUUACACGGAUGGUUCCUACCCACCAACAGUUAAGCUUCUAGAAUAUUCGAAGAUGUGUUUCGAGGGAAAUUGGACCUUAUUGCGCUGUCGUAAAUCGUAUUUUGGCUUGUGAUGUCCAACAAUUAUGGGCUGCAUCGGAUUGGUGUAUUAAUGUCGUAAUGCGUUUUUUGACUUGUAAAGUCCAAAUGUGUAAACUUCUAGAAUGUUCAGAGAUAUAUUUUGAAGAAAAUUGGACUUGAUUGCUUCGAUGUCCUAGUGUUGUAAAUAUUUUCUAAAUCAUGAUGCCUGAACUUCUAGGAUUCUCUUAGGAACUUCCAGAACUUUCUGGGAUAUAUUUGGGAGGAAUUUAAACACUAUUGGGUGUCUUUUUAUAUGACUCGUAACGUACAAAUUGGUUUAGCUUUCAGUGACCAUAUUGGUCAAGUUAUUUCUUUGUCAAGCAAACGCCUGUUUUAUGAUUGUACGAUUGUAUAUAUUGGUGUAAAUAAAGUGUAUUAGGAUAUAGUAUAAAUUCAAGCUAUUUUAAGAAUGGUUUUUAAGGCAGCUUUUGAAGCCAGAAAUGUGAAUGUACUUUUCCGUAUAAAAGGAUCAAUUUUCAAGAAUUAGUCGGUAAAAAAAAAUAAUUGCGGUGAAAUAUGGCCUUGUUAUUUUAUGAUUUUGCUGUUCAGAAACUGUUUAUUCGAUUGUUUAAAAUGGAUAUAAAUAUUACUCAAAUUAAAAUUAAGUUCCCAUCAUUCGUUGGAAAUGUUUUCAAAAUGAUUUGUGUAAUUUUCUACUUACUAAAGUAUCGUUCGAAGGCUCCAAAGACUGUUUUUGCUUAAUACAUUAUUUAGCAAGAACCAAAUAUUUUAAGUUUUAAAUGAUUUAAUGGCGAAGAUUCAUUAACUGUGUAAGUAAAUAAGUGUGGUGUACGGAAGAUUUUUUUA